CUUCGGAAAGAGUUCCAGCAGCUAGAGCUCUUGAAUGUCAUCACAAAACUUCGUUACGAAGGCAACCUGCCAGAGAACGUCACUGGGGAGACAAGGUCAGCCCUCAUCCGAUCGUUUCAGGACUGGAAGGGUGCCGACUGGUGUCCCCCUGGUAUACAUCCAGCAAUUAGGUGGUCCAAAGCCAGUCCUAUACGUUUAUCUGAAGAGAAGACAUCUCGAUGGGAAGUGGUCCGUAACAAAGUCAACGAUAGGGAGCAUAAGAGUGUUCAUGCACGAAAAGCACAAAGCUCUUACGUUCCUGCAAAAGGCACCACAACAUUAUCGAACACCAAUGACGAGCCCUUCUCCAGGCGGCGAGGAAAGACGAUAUCGAAUCAUAUAGCUGCACCUGCAGGUAUGCGGUGGUCUGCAGAUACCUUAUCUUGUGCUUAUGAUUCGCUGCUCACGAUCAUGCAUCUCCUGUAUACAUCACACACACCGGCCUGGAUGGAGUCGGUGAAUCCACUUAAC